CCUGGGCGGCUCCGCUUGCUGUUUUUCCUCUUCAUCUGGAUAGUGGUUCCUCCUGUGGUUCGCCAAGAUGCAGCUCAAGCCGAUGGAGAUUAACCCCGAGAUGCUGAACAAAGUGCUGGCCCGGCUGGGGGUUGCCGACCAGUGGCGCUUCGCGGACGUGCUGGGGCUGGAGGAGGACGCCCUGGGCUCGGUGCCAGCGCCCGCCUGCGCGCUGCUGCUGCUGUUUCCUCUCACGGCCCAGCAUGAGAACUUCAGGAAAAAACAGAUCGAAGAACUGAAGGGACAGGAAAUCAGUCCUAAGGUGUACUUCAUGAAGCAGACCAUCGGGAACUCCUGUGGCACCGUUGGACUCAUACACGCAGUGGCCAAUAACCAGGACAAACUGGAGUUUGAGGAUGGAUCCGUCCUGAAACAGUUUCUUUCUGAAACGGAGAAGCUGUCCCCUGAAGACCGAGCAAAAUGCUUUGAGAAGAAUGAGGCCAUUCAGGCAGCCCAUGAUGCUGUGGCCCAGGAAGGCCAGUGUCGGGUAGAUGACAAAGUGAAUUUUCAUUUUAUUCUGUUUAACAACGUGGAUGGCCAUCUCUAUGAACUUGACGGACGAAUGCCUUUUCCGGUAAACCAUGGCACCAGCUCAGAGGACUCCUUGCUGCAGGAUGCUGCCAAGGUCUGCAGAGAAUUCACUGAGCGUGAGCAAGGGGAGGUCCGCUUUUCUGCUGUGGCGCUGUGCAAGGCAGCCUGAUGCCCUGGGGAGGGACGUCGCUUUUUGUCCCCCCUCUUCCCUUCAGCCUGAAACCUGUCCCCACGAUGCAGUCUAAAUGCUUCAGUACUCGUGGACCACAGCUGUCCUCCUCUGGUCCUGCAGACCCGCGCUCCCCCCCAGCCACACCCAGGCACGGGCAGGGCUCAGCUGUCGACCGAGCAGAGUUUGGUAGAAGCUUCAGACGGCGAAGCGGUGUCCCCAGUGUCCGUACCGUACCUCAAUAGCUAAUGCUUUAAGUGGCCACUUCGGUCUGUGUCUGUCAGUUAAGGCCUUGGAUGUGGUUUAAUUGUUUGUCCUUAACAGAAAUAAAACUUUUCUGCUGAUAAAGGGAUAAGCCUAAA